AUGACAACGUCACUUUCUAAAAAAGACGUUGAUCCAUCAGGGGGAGGGGGUCUGCCCUGCUCUCCUACCCGACGGGAUGGUCUGGUGAGCCAGUGUCUGAUUGCCAUUGCCUCCCUGGCUGCAGUGGCCACCUUCUUCAUGGUCAGCUGCAUCAUCCUCUGCACCAAGUACUCCUCCAGGAAGCACCGCUACAGAGUGGGCACAAACCAUCGGGGCACAGAGAUGGUGUGUAUCUCUGCCCUGCUCCACGAUGACAAUGAUCCCCAUUGGAGACGCCACAUCCCCAAGAGCAAUGGAGCCCUGCUGCAUGGAACAGAGUUGGAUAGUGACGAGGAGGGGGGAGAUGAUGUAACCCUCCACAGCUUCCUCCCAGACAAUGAGCAACGACCAGAGUCUAGAGUCUAG